AAGUAAAAUGACGUUACAUCGUCACGUGUUUAGUUGAUUACUUCAACUAGCAUCAAGGAAGAGGUUAAGAGUGAACUUACUAACACAGGAGGAGCAGCUUAGGAAGUGAAGACAAAUGUGUGACUUGCCCUGUUUGUGUUUAUUGUUAUUUUAAAGGCUGCUAUAUGGAUUUAGUCUCUUUCUGGAGGUUGUUGCUGGUGUUGGCUGUGGUGGCGACAGACGUCCGCUGCUGGGCAGCAGGAGACCAGGAAGUGUGCGCAGACGGCACUUCCAAUUACACUAUGAUCGAACGAGAAGAAGUUAAAGAGUCCAAGACAGUUGUCGCCUACCGCGUAGAGAGAUACACACCAGAUUGUAACCAAGUAAAAAGGUUCUUCUCCUGGAUAUUUCGCAGUUGUAGAGAAAGAUCAAAAAGCGCGUCUUACACUGUGACGCAGUAUUUUAUCAAGUUCAACACCUCCAGCGUGACAAAGUGUUGUCCUGGCUUUGUCAGAAAUGAUACAGAAUGGUGCACAAAAGGGUGUGGCACUGUAGGGAAAUACGGCGCAAACUGCACGUCCAACUGUAGCUGCCCGACGACCCAUGCGUUCGAGAACUGUGAACAAUUCACGGGCUAUUGUCUCUGUAAGCCCGGAUAUAUGGGCCUAAAUUGUAGUGUAGAGUGUCCUCCUGGAAGUUAUGGUUCGAACUGUACACACAACUGCACGUGCCAGAAUAACUCCACGUGCGACCGUGAGACGGGCACGUGUAACUGUUCUUCUUCCCCUGGGUGGACGGGAUCCUCCUGUGAGGAAGAAUGUGACGCUGGCACCUACGGCAAGGAUUGUCAACACAAUUGCACGUGUAACGGGAACCAGACGUGUGACCACGUGACCGGAAAUUGUACAUGCAUGGCGGGACUCACCGGUCCCAAUUGCACAGAUGAGUGUACAAAUUUCACCUUUGGCGUCAGUUGUGCGAAAAACUGCAAGUGCCUGGAAAAUACUACUGAAUCCUGUAAUAAAACAACCGGACACUGCACGUGCACAGCUGGCUAUAUGGGAGACGCAUGUGACGAAGUCUGUAUACCUGGAUUCUAUGGUGACGCCUGCGAGAGCAACUGUUCGAGCAUCUGCACGGGGACAAACUACUGUCACCAUGUAUCCGGCACGUGCAUCUGCCUGGGAAGCAAGGGACAUAACUGUUCCAUCGCUUGUGGACAACACGAAUAUGGCCCCGACUGCAAUAAAACGUGCACGUGCAAUUGGGAGAGGUCAAUUGGCGACCGGUGUGAUAAUCUGACCGGCCGCUGUCAAUGCCGCGAAGGCUACAGUGGGGCCAAUUGUCAAAUCUUGGUUGAGGUUUCAACAGAUACCCCCCAUUCUGACGCGAUGAAGCAUGGCUGGUGGGAUUUUGUGGUAGUCAACUGGACAUACUUCGUGAUGGGCGCCGGGGUCGUUGUUUUUCUGGUUGCCAUGACGAUUGCUGUCGUCUGCUACUGUCGUCUGAAAAGGUCAAACAAAGAUAAAACAGAAGAGCAAUUUUCCGUUGCUUAUGCAAACCAGGCAUACAGUGGGAGCAAGGCUACAAGCAAGGAUACAAUAGAUGCACUUCAAGACACCGUUUGUGAAACCAGUGGUUUGGAGGUCAGCGAUUAUAGCGAGCCCAAUCCGAAUCUGUCCGAAGAGGAUGAACACAAGGCUGCAGCAAUUACUGGUACACUUUCUAAGGAGAGCGAUAGUGUGUCUACAGAUAUGCAAACCGAAAAACCACUUACACAAACAUACGAAGAACCUCCUGAUUCUAUUGAGCCAAAACACAUCUCUGAUGACAUAGAGUAUGACAGUGCUGAAUAUUUAGUAGAUUUAAUGCGUGAACAAACUGAGGCAGCAAAGAUCGUCAAUGGAGAGGGAGAAGAUGAUUAUGAUGUUCAUGGAAAUCAAACUUCGAUUACAAGUGAUAAACUCAACGAAUACAACACUUUUCAGGAUGUAAAUGAUAUCAUCCGCAAAGCAAGUAUUGCUGAUGACGCGAUUACCGAUGAAUAUGACAUGUUAAAUAAUCAGCCAACACGGGCAAAAUGUAAGCACACCGCAGCAGAAUAUUCAAGUUUCGAUAUGACAAAACAUUUGAGUAUAGAUGAAAAUGACGAAAACAACGAGGACGAUGAAAUGUAUAACACACUCGAAACAAAACAGAAAGUUGAGAAGCGCAUUGCACAUCCAAAUUAUAAUAGAGUGAAAAUCAACAGUGAAUUAGGGGCUGGCAAUGGUGUGAGUGCUUUCACUUCUAAACCAAGGGAUGCCAGUGUGAAAAGUCAGGUGUUGGGAGAAAGUCGAAAAUCAAAAUAUAACCAAGACCGUAAACAAGGUUCAGAAGCUGGAACGACUAAGUUAGAAAGAGUUGAAGGAAAUGAAAAGAAAAAUGAUUUAUUUUGUGAAGGUUCUGAUGAAGAAAAAUACAACCCUGAAAACAAAACCGAUGAUUUGUAUGAGGAGUGUGGGCCUGAGGAUGACGAUUCUAAACCAGCUGGCCAAAACAAACAAACAACUGGGCUACCAUUCCUAUCUAAAGAACCUGAAACAGCUUUGUAUGAAUACUGCAAGGAUUCUGAUCAUGACUCUGAAAAUGAUUAUGCUAACAAGAGCGAUGAUGGAGAGGUGGUUUAUGAAGACGUUAGUGAAUGUAGUGAUACGGAGAGUACGCAACUGGGCGAGAUUGGAGCGAUGAAUAAACAGACAACAAGUGGUGGACAUUCUUCUGAUGAAAAGAGAGCUUUAAAGGAUAACAAGGCCGUUCAAAACCCAGUAGCGGAUGCCCAAAUAAGGUCGAAGCCUAAGAGGGCGCGUGAAAGACGGAAAGAAGAUUACGAACUGUUUGAAUUAAGAACCUAGACAUGAUGUUUCAUGAAGAUUUCUGAUUUGAAGAUUGUUUUAUGUUUUAAAUAUUCUAUCUCAAAGACCUUUUCUAUAAUAUAGACAUUUUUAUCAUCACUGCUUUCAGCAUCGUUUGUUUGCUUAUUAAAUACAUAUUCUGACCAGAU